AGGCUGCCCGUGCAGGCAGGAGAGCGCGCAGAGGAGGCACCUCGCCGUGCAUUAGGAGGCGCACGCAGACCGGACGGCGCUGCGGGUCAUUACAGCAAGAUCGGAGAAAUUCACCUGCUGCACACAAGGUCGCGGGACAGCGAUGCAUCUGAGCACCGGGGCACCGGGGCACCACAGAGGCAAAGCGGCCGGCGACAGCUCAGAAGAACAGCAAAGCGUGCAUGCGAAAGACACGCACAGACAAAAAGGGAGAGGAGGAUGAGGAGGGGAGGAGGAAGGGAGGAGGGGAAGGGCAAUUUGAACCCGACAAAGAAGAGUGAAGAUUUGUGAUUCAAUAAGGAGGCGCGGGAUAGACCCUUUUUGUAUUUUUUAUUUUGUAUAAGCGAUUGUGGCUAUCUAUAGCCCGCACAAGCACGCUGUUUGUUAGUUUUCUUUAAAAAACAACAACAAAAAACAGUUACAAAACCCUCUAUAGCGUUAAAGAUAUUAUUACCCACAAAAAAACACACCACCUAUCAGGUUACAGUGCACCGCUGGCAGACAACGAGAAUGCGCGUCUUCCGCCGGCCGCUCCGUAGAAAGAAGCCGAGAACGGGCGAUUUGUUCUCUGGGAAACAAUCGGCGGCUGUGCCCGCUCCGGAACCCUGGGGUUCGGUAAUAAAACGCCGGAUUGUCUGCGGAUGGUCGCCGCUACUUCGCCAGGUCUGAUAUUAUUAACCAGCUGGAAGCGGCGCGAUGCAGGGAGUCACGGUAACCGGGGAGGCUCCGAUGCUCAGCCAGGGAGAGCGAGAAGAGCAGCGGCCCCUCAAGCAGUCUCUGAGCGGCUCCCUGUGCCGCGAGUCCCACUGGAAGUGCCUCAUCCUGUCCCUGCUCAUGUACGGCUGCUUCGCGGCUCUGGCCUGGUGCGGGCUCUCCCGGGUCCCAGCCUCGGGGUACCUGGACGGGGCUCCUCUCUCCCUUGACAGCCCCUGCUCCAGCGGCUACGUCUACAUCCCCCUGGCCUUCCUCACCAUGCUCUACGUGAUCUACCUGGUGGAGUGCUGGCACUGCUACUCCAAGAGUGCCGGGCAGCAGCGGGCGGAGAUCAGCGGGGUCUACGAACGGGUCCAGCGCAUGCAGCAGUCCACUCCCUGCAUCUGGUGGAAGGCGAUCAGCUACCACUACAUCCGCAGGACCAGGCAGGUGACGCGCUACCGCAACGGGGACGCCUACACCACCACGGAGGUCUACCACGAGCGGGUCAACACCCACGCCUCCAGCUCCGAGUUCGACUACUCCCACCACGGGGUGAAGGACGUUUCCAAAGAGCUGCUGGGGCUGUCUGACUACCCUGCCACCCGGCUCCGUUUCACCAAGUGCUUCAGCUUCGCUGACUCGGAGGCCGAGACCGCCUACCUGACCCAGCGGGCCCGCUUCUUCAGCGACAACGAAGGGCUGGACGAUUACAUGGAGGCGCGGGAGGGGAUGCAUUUGAAGAACGUGGAUUUCAAAGAGCACAUGAUCGCUUUCCCGGACCCUCUCCGGCCCCCUUGGUACACCCGGCGCGGGGUCUUCUGGGCGGCCUCCUGCCUCACCCUGUCCUGGCCGCUGAGGGUCAUCGCGGACUACCGCACCGCCUUCGUGCACUACCACGUUGAGAAGCUGUUCGGGCUGGAUCGCGGGGCGCCGACCCCGGAGGAGCUGGGGUACGCCGGGGGGCGCAUCCCCCGGGUCAACACGGUCGACAUGACUGAGGUGGAGUGGCACAUCCGCUCCAACCAGCAGGUGGUGCCCAGUUAUUCGGAAGCCCUCCUGAUGGACGGGACGGUAGCCGGCUACCCGGCUUACAUGCAGAACUGCCAGCGGUGCCGGCGGUCCGUCAGCAGCUCCUCGCUCCCUCCGCGGGCUCCGUCCCGGCUCCCGUUCAGCCGCAGCCGCUUCUCCCUGGGCCGGCUCCAGCCCUCCCGCCGCACCUGCCUCUUCCGCAGCUUCAGCGGCCGGCUGGACGAGAGCAGCCCGUCGGACGGGACCCCCGAGGACCAGCCGCCCCUCCCUCCCCCCUACCAGGACGCCCUGUACUUCCCGGUGCUGAUCGUGCACGGCGAUGAGAGCUGUCACCGAGACGGGACCCCCCCGCCGCAAUGGGACCCCUCCCUGCUGUGACCCACGGAGCGGAUUCGCUUUGGAGCCUGAUUGUUCAAACUCCUGGCUCCUGAUCAUUUCAAUAUGAAUACUAGACUUCAUUGAAGGGAGCUCUGAACCCCAGGACUGGGUGCAGCAGCAGCAGCAGGGCUAGUGCGAGUUUCUAACCCUGCUCAAACUCCUGGCUCCUGAUCAUUUCAAUAUUAAUAAUAAUAACACUAGACUUCAUUGAGGGGAGCUCUGAACCCCAUGACUGGGUGCAGCAGCAGCAGCAGCAGCAGGGCUAGUGUGAGUUUCUAACCCUGCUCAAACUCCUGGCUCCUGAUCAUUUCAAUAUUAAUAAUAAUAAUAAUACUAGACUUCAUUGAGGGGAGCUCUGAACCCCAGGACUGGGUGCAGCAGCAGCAGCAGGGCUAGUGUGAGUUUCUAACCCUGGCGAUGGUAAAAUAACUAAUUCAUGAAGGAUGUUGAGAAGGUACAGACUACUUACUGGCUUGGAAAAAGAACCCCAGUCCGCUGUGACUGGGUUGAGGUGGAGACCCAGUAUGCUACGCUCAGCCCUGGAACAGUCUGACAGAUACAGAAUAUUCCGCACAGAAAAGUUCAGGGGUUGUGUAGCUAAUCGUAAGCAACUGUUUACCGCCGAUGAACCACAAACUUGCAGGAUAAAAUGCUUUAGAGUCCGCUGUGAAAGGGAGAUGGGAGAUUGUGUUUCUAAUGCCUGAGAGGCAGGGAAAUGGAUUUUAAUGCCUUGGCAAGCAGUCAGCUGCAAAUGCUGGUUCUGGUUUCUAAAAUGAGGAAGGGAAGUGAAUUAAAACAGCUGUCAUUUCUCAAAGGGUGGUUGAGAAGUUGUGCGUUAUACCAUUCCAAUGUGUAAUUUAAUUUAAAAUUAAAAAAAAAAAACAACAACCUUAAAAAAAAAAU